UGUCCCUCUAUAUGGCUGUAGAACAGCUACAUAUACUUGUACUUGUAGCUUGUCUUCUGGCCCUGCAUAGGUGCUAUGCACAUGUUACCCCACUACUAGCUAUUACCAGCCCAAGCACCUCGAAAGGCUGUGGUGUAGACGGCACCAAAUGCCAGUUCUCGAGCUGUGGUGCUGGCAAGAAGCUGGUUCAAUGCUCAUUUGGCUUUGCCGGAGGUGUCACCGGAGGUGCUGCUGGACCGACCAUUACAGUAUCAGACCCUUCUGAUGAUCCAAAGAAUCCUCGAGUGGGAACCCUUCGACAUGCCGUGAACAUUGCAUCCAGCAACCAAAAUGGAGGUUGGAUAAUUUUUGACAAGGAUAUGGAAAUUAGACUAAGUGAUUACCUUCGAGUGGGCAAUAACACCGCCAUUGAUGGCCGGGGAGUGAAGGUGAAGAUCACUAACUCCGCAAUCCUGCUUAGCCGUGCUCAUAAUGUGAUACUUGAGAACUUUGAAGUUUCUGAGGUGCCAAAUUUUGAUACCGUUCAUAUCUACUACGGAUCUAGGCUCAUCUGGGUGGAUCAUUUGUCUUCCUCGGAUUCGAAGCUUGGAUUGGUAUCAGUCGUGAGCGGAGCCACGGACGUGACAAUCUCUAAUUGUCAUCUCACUAAUCAUGUUUAUAACAUGCUUUUAGGUGCUAAUGACCGCGAUGAAGUGGACAGGGGCAUGAGGGUGACGGUCUACAGAAAUUUCUUCGAGCAGUCGAUGCAGAGAAUGCCCCAUUGCAGAUGGGGCUACUGCCACGUGGUGAACAACUACUACAGAGACUGGACGUUUUACUGUAUCGGCGGGAGAGUGUACGCGAAAAUUUACUCGGAGGGGAACGUGUUUGAUCCCGGAUCGAAGCUAGAAGUGACGCCAUGGUACAAGGAAUUCCACGACGACAUGACUCCGACGAUCGAGAGCCAUGGCGACCUGCUACUGAGGCGCACCACGUUCACGUGGUUCAAGCACCCUCCCAUAAGCAAGCCCGGCUACGCCAAGCCGGAAUACUACCCGCCGAUCCACCCGACGGCGACUCUUCAGCUGCUGGUCGAACGCUGUGCCGGUGCACUUGCAGGGCACCAGGUUGUCGCGUGCAUGAGAUCCCUGUGAAGUGCCCCUGCCUUUUUGUGGUUGCCAUCGUGCCAUCUACUCUUGUUUCUCUCAUCUCCCUUAAUUUCUCAACUUUUCAUUCGAAACUGUUGCGCCUUUUUGCUGCAACAUGCAGAAUCUUCACAUGCGAGAGGGUUAAACUAAAUGUAACGCUCUCAUGAAUAAA